GGCUGGCAGAGGACGGAGACCCGAGCCAGGGCAGUGAGACGGCAUCGAACGAGGCCAGCAGAACAGGACCGGCCGUGAACAAGAAGCCGGACGGGAAAGACAGACCCCCAAGCACCCCCUCAGCCAAGUGGGAUCUUCAGGAUGGUCAAAGCCCAGACGCAGGCAGCCCCCACGCCGGCCACACCGAUGGCAGCUGCAGAAGACCUGCCCCUCCCCGCACCCCCAGGCCUGGAGGAUCUGCCGCCACCGCCCCCCAAGGAGUCCUUCUCCAAGUUCCACCAGCAGAGGCAAGCCAGCGAGCUCCGCCGCCUGUACAGGCACAUCCACCCUGAGCUCCGCAAGAAUCUGGCCGAGGCUGUGGCUGAGGACCUGGCCGAGGUCCUGGACUCUGAGGAGCCCACCGAGGGCGAUGUCCAGUGUAUGCGCUGGAUCUUCGAGAACUGGCGGCUGGAUGCCAUUGGGGACCGUGAGAGGCCGCCUGCCAGGGAGCCCGUGUCGGGCGGGGACGUCCAGGGUACCUCCCGCAAAUUUGAGGAAGGCUCCUUUGCCAACAGCUCAGACCAGGAGCCUGCAGGACCCCCGCCGUCCGGAGGAGACGUUCGUGCAGCCCGCCGGCUGUUUGAGACAAAGCCGCUGGAUGAGCUGACCGGCCAGGCCGAGGCGCUGGAGGCCCUGGUGAGGGAGCCCGAGGCCGGCGGGGAUGUCCAGGGUACCAGGAUGCUCUUUGAGACGCGGCCGCUGGACCGCCUGGGCUCCCGCCCCUCCAUCCAGGAGCAGAGCCCCCUGGAGCUGCGCUCAGAGAUCCAGGAGCUGAAGGGCGAUGUGAAAAAGACAGUGAAGCUGUUCCAGACAGAGCCACUGUGUGCCAUCCAGGACGCAGAGGGUGCCAUCCACGAGGUCAAGGCUGCGUGCCGGGAGGAGAUCCAAAGCAACGCGGUGAGGUCUGCCCGCUGGCUCUUCGAAACGCAGCCUCUGGACGCCAUCAACAGGGACCCCAGCCAGGUGCGGGUAAUCCGGGGGAUCUCCCUAGAGGAGGGGGCCCGGCCUGACGUCAGCGCGACCCGCUGGAUCUUUGAGACACAACCGCUGGACGCCAUUCGGGAGAUCUUGGUGGACGAGAAAGACUUCCAGGCAUCCCCAGACCUUAUGCCUCCUGGUCCAGACGUCCAGCAACAGAAGCAUUUGUUUGAGACCCGAGCAUUAGACACUCUCAAGGGGGACGAGGAGUCUGGGGCACGGCCCCCACCCAAAGAGGAAGUAGUCCCUGGCGAUGUCCGCUCUACCCUGUGGCUAUUUGAGACGAAGCCCCUGGACACUCCUAGAGACAAGGUCCAAGUGGGUCACCUGCAGCGAGUGGGUCCCCGGGAGCAGGAGGGGCUCACGUCUGAGCAUCUAUGCAGUGAUGGCUCCUCAGCUCUGUCCCUCUCUCAGAGUGCUCCCCAGAGGGAUGGGGUGAAGGGGGACGUGAAGGCCUUCAAGAACCUUUUUGAGACCCUUCCCCUGGACAGCAUUGGGCAAGGUGAGCCUUUGGCCCAGAGGAAUGUGAGCAGAGCCGAAGGAAUGGAUUCUGCUGGGCAGUCCCAGGACAUAGGGUCGCCGGUGUAUGCCAUGCAGGAUGGCAAAGGCCACCUCCAUGCCCUGACCUCUGUCAGCAGAGAGCAGAUAGUUGGAGGCGACGUGCAGGGCUACAGGUGGAUGUUUGAGACGCAGCCCCUGGACCAGCUAGGCAGAAGCCCCAGUACCGUGGACGUGGUGCGGGGAAUCACCCGGCAGGAAGUGGUGGCUGGAGACGUAGGCACGGCCCGGUGGCUCUUUGAGACCCAGCCCCUGGAGGUCAUCCACCAGCGGGAAUGGGAAGAACGCCAGGAAGAAGAAGGAAAGAGUCAGGCAGGUCCCCAGCCUGAGGCACUCCCGAAAGGGGAUGUGCGGACCAUCCGGUGGUUGUUUGAGACCUGCCCGAUGAGUGAGUUGGCAGCGAAGCAGGGGUCAGAGGUCACAGACCCCACAACGGAGGCCGAGGCUCGGUCCUGCAGCUGGAUGUUUGCACCCCAACCCCUGGACAGGCCAGAAGGCUCCAGGGAGCGGCACCUGCAGGUCAGCCAGACGCCGGCUGGGGCCGGACAGACAGACGGGCAUGUCUUCGAAACGGAGCCUCUGCAGGCCUCGGGCCGUCCCUGUGCAAGAGGGCCUGUGCGCUACUGCAGCCGCGUGGAGAUCCCUUCGGGGCAAGCGUCUCGGCAGAAGGAGGUCUUCCAGGCCCUGGAGGCAGGCAAGGGGGAAGACCAGGGGCCCAGAGCACUCCCCGAGCCCAUCCCUGUGGGCUCUGUGCACAAGUUCACCUGGCUCUUUGAGAACUGUCCCAUGGGCUCCCUGGCGGCCGAGAGCGUCCGAGGGGGCAACCUCCAGGAGGAGCAGCCCACGGGCCCCUCAGGCAACAAGGCGCUGGAGAAGCAGGAGACUGCGGCUGAGGGCACCCUGAAGGCUUUGCACACCGUGCCUGGCAUCCUGCACCAUGGAGGCAUCCUCAUGGAGGCCCGGGGGCCAGGGGAGCUCUGCCUGGCCAGGUACGUGCUCCCAGGCGCAGGGCAGGGGGCACCCCACGUCCGGAAGGAGGAGCUGGUGUCUGGCGAGCUUCCCAGGAUCGUGCGCCAGGUCCUGCGCCGGCCAGAUGUGGACCAGCAGGGGCUGCUCGUUCAGGAGGACCCGGCGGGCCACCUCCAUCUGAAGCCACUGAGGCUGCCAGCUCCGGGCGGCAGCGGGGAUGUCGAAGACGUGGGUCCCGAGUUCCAGCAGCUGCUGGCUUGUGGCCUGGGGGCCUCGGUCGCGAGGACCGGGCUGGUGAUGCAGGAGACUGAGCAGGGGCUGGUCUCGCUGACCGCCUACUCCCUGCAGCCCCGGCUGACCGGCAGGGCCCCUGAGAGGGGCAGCGUGCAGCUGCUGGCCAGCUGCAUCGACAAAGGAGACCUAAGCGGCCUGCACAGUCUGCGGUGGGAACCACCAGCUGAUCCAGAUUCCGUGCCCACCGGCGAGGGGGCCCAGAAGCUGCCCCCAGCUGAGAACAUCAUCCAUGUGGCCCCUCUGGACCCCAGCAUGGCGAUGGGGCAUCUGAGAGGCCCGGGGAAGGCAGUCCCUCUGGCUGGGGAAGGGAAGCGGGAAGAGAGCCGCACUGGACACAAAGGGAUAGCAGCCGCGGGAGAGUCGGAAGGAACCACAGCCAGGCCCCUGGGGCCUGGGGCCCCAGACCUCGGGGCCGCCAUGCAAAAUCUGCGGGUGGCCACCGCCGAGGCCCAAAGCCUGCACCAGCACGUUCUGAGCAAGCACAAGCAAGCCUCCACCCCUGGAGCCACCUCCGCACCCUGUCAGGAAGGUCAGCGGCAGGCAUCGGCUGCGGCCACCGUGGCUGCCCAGAGCAACGCUGGGCCUAAGGCUGGAGGUGACCCCAGGAUCCCAGCAGCCCCCAGAAAGCUGCUGUGACAGGACCCGACUUCGCAGCCCAAGCCCGCCGCGAUGAGGACUGUAUCCAGCAGGACUCCGAGGCCCUGAGGGCCCCCCUUCUCCACUCCCACAGCAGCCCUGC